AUGUGGGGAUUUGAAAAAGACUAAAGAGUUAGAUAUUUAUUGAAAAUAAAGAGUUAAUAGAAAUUUAGAAAUAGUAAUUUUCUUAAGAUUAAGAUAAUUUAUCUAAUUCAAUAUGAGGUGAAUUAAAAUAAAGUAAGGAAAGGUUAGAAAUCCUUUAGUAACAAAUUAAACUUGAGGGUAAUUAAUAAAAAAAAGAGCAGCUAUAAACGCAAUUAAAAUUAAAUUAUGAUGAAUUGGAUGUAUCUCUUGACAACAACUAUCAGAAAUGUCAGAGACCAUGAAUAUGAGUUUAUCAUUUUUGAGAGAUAUAUCAAAGGAUAUAAAAUCAAUGAAAAAUUCAAUCGAUAAUUUAUGAUAAAGUUUAAAUUAAGUAGGAGAUGA